AUAAAAAGUAAACGAAAAUUAUUUUCAAAAAUAUGGAAAAAUGUCGACCAUAUUUAGCUGUAUUUCCCAAGGGUGGGCUGCCAAAGCUAGUGACAAAUGUAAAAGAAUAUACAACUGAUCUUGAGCCGGAGCUGCACCUUAUGGCAAAGGCGUUCGCAGAAUUCGAGUCAGGUAGUAUACAGCCCAAACUGUGUCCCAGAAAGUGCGGCGACGGAUGGUGUACCAAAACGUGCGACGAAUUGACGUGGGCGCGUAGAAAUGAAGAAAUCCCGUUAGGACAUGUCGAGAAGCCAUUGAAGCCAUUAAUAAUGAAACUGCGGCGUGGCGAGGAUCCGGACACAAUUGUGAUGGUCGAGUUUCGCGAGUUCGCCUGCUCUGGCGCAGUCCUGGGCGCCCAAUCGAUAUUCUUUAGCAAAUUGCGUGGUCACCCGGUGGUCGAUCUGCGGCGUAGCCCAAUGUCGGCCAAUACGUUUGAGCUGGUGUACAAGUGGCUGGUGCAGAAGGAUUUCACCUUCAAGCCGGGCGAUGUGAUGCGCGUUGUACGUGCUGCCAGCUUUCUGGAGAUGAAGUAUCUGCUGAAUUAUUGCUACACCAUACUGGAAAACGAUCUAUUUAGAGAAUUUUGGGCGUUUAACAACUUGAUAAAAUCACGAAACUUCAUUGAGCUAGUUCAAGUCAAUCAAUCAAUGGCUAUUCGCAUUUCAAAGGCCGCACUGAUCAUGCUCGUCAGCCAAGAGUUUCUGACCCUCAACGAGAAUCAGAUCUGUGCGCUGUGCGACUCCAGCUCGCUGGCCAUCAAUUCGGAGAGUGAGCUUCUGUAUGGUGUCUUGCACUGGCUAAAUGUCGACUGGCCCGCUCGACGAUCCUCCGUGCUGAAAGUGCUAAAGAAUAUGCGCUUCGCUUAUCUGUCACCCAAGAUCCUAUGCCAAUUCAAUGGCGCCUCCACGGGGCUGUUUUCCAAUGUACUAAAUGAGUUCGCGAGUCACCCGGAAAGCAAACGGAUAAUCGAGGAUGGCGUCUUCCACAGCACCUUGGUCAUAACUCUGAAUGGGGAUCCCAACAAACUGAAGGACUUUCCCAAUACCAGAAGGGAGCUGUUGAUGCCACGCCGCUGGAUCAAAGACGCCCGCUGCCCCUACCAUCGACCCGUGACCCGACUAUGCCCGAAUAUGCGUUAUAUCAGCUAUGAGGAGUUCGCUGAUUACUCUGUGACGCUGACGGAAACCGGUGCUGACUACGAGCAAUAUUUUGAGUACCCAGAGAAUGAGGAGCUCAGCGAAACAUCGUCGAACGUUUCUUUAGUUUCAAAGGGAAGUAUCAAUGAUUUAACCCCAUCCACGUUAUCGGUCUGGAGCACUGAUUCACUGUUCUAUUGGGUCCGUUCCGAAUGCAGUCAAAACUUUCAAAUGGACGACCGUGAAAUUACUUCAAUCAGUUCUGGCAGAGGCGUUUCGACAAGCUCCUCAGCGACUUCCCAGGCAGAUGUGGUUGUUGAGCACUUGGAAGAAAGGAUUAAGAAAUUUGAAGUCCCGGACAUAUGGGAAGAGUGGUCGGAUAUCUUUAAUGAUGAAGAAGCUACUGAUAUAAAGGAACUUGAUAUGCUUGGAUAA